AUGUGUGGUGCCAGUUAUGCCUUCAGUGCCGUUGGAGCUCUGGAGGGAGCCUGGGCCUUGGCCAAUGGUAAACUAACCAGUCUGAGUGAGCAGAACAUCAUUGACUGCUCUGUUCCAUAUGGAAACCUUGGCUGCAAGGGAGGCAACAUGUACGAUGCGUUCCUGUACAUUGUUGCUAAUGAUGGAGUUGACACUAGCUCUGCCUAUUCCUACAGAGGACAGGCUGAGAGAGCUGGGCUAAUAAAGUUUGGGUAUGUAUCAGUGUUUGUUUGUAACCUCCUGCAGCAAUCAUCUUGCAGCUACAAGCAGAGUGGGUGUGGUGCCACCAUGUCGGGCUCCAUCUCCAUCUCGAGUGGUAAUGAGGGAGAUCUGCAGUCCGCAGUGGCCAAUGUUGGACCUAUUUCUGUCGCUGUUGAUGCCUCCUCCAGCGGCUUCAGAUACUAUUCAGAGGGAGUGUACAGUUCAUCGAGAUGCUCCAGCAGUGAGCUGACUCAUGCCAUGGUCAUCACUGGAUACGGCUCUUACAAUGGAGUCGACUACUACCUUGUCAAGAACAGCUGGGGCACCAACUGGGGAAUGAAUGGCUACAUCCUCAUGGCUAGGAACAAGUACAAUCAAUGUGGAAUUGCAACCGACGCCUCCUACCCAACUCUGUAG